CAUAAAAGUAUUAUUCCUCUGUGAAUCUCUCUUUCUCUCUAUCCAUCUCUCGUGGCAGCAAUGGAGCUUCGCGCCUUGCAAUCUCCUUCCAUAAGAGGAACACAACCAUUUAUUCAUACAGGUUUAAGAGAGAGACCAUUUUUCACCGCUAAUCCCAUCCAAAUUCUCAGACCUAAGAACAACCCAAAUGCCCGAAAGCUCCACUUACUGAAUACAACAACUGUUUGGGCUUCACCUUCUUCAGGAGCCAAGGUAGUAGUUAAGGCAAUUCUAAAAGACGGUGAUGCAAAAGAUGAAGGACUAGUGUUUGUUGCUGGUUCCACUGGAAAAGUUGGUUCUCGGACUGUAAGGGAGCUUCUGAAGUUGGGCUUUAGAGUUAAAGCUGGCGUUCGAAGUGUCCAGAGAGCAGAAUCUCUUGUUCAGAGUGUUAGACAGUUGAAGCUUGAUGACGGGACUCAAUCUAUUGAGAAGCUUGAACUUGUAGAGUGUGAUUUGGAAAAGAGAGAUGAGAUUAAGCCUGCACUUGGCAAGGCUUCGGUUGUCAUUUGCUGCAUUGGUGCGAGUGAGAAGGAGGUUUUCGAUAUUACUGGGCCUUAUAGAAUUGACUAUCAGGCUACAAAAAAUCUCAUUGAUGCAGCAAAAUCGGCAAAAGUUAACCACUUCAUUUUGGUUACAUCUUUGGGAACAAACAAGGUUGGAUUCCCAGCAGCAAUUCUAAAUUUGUUCUGGGGAGUUCUGAUUUGGAAGAGACAGGCAGAAGAAGCACUUCUAGCUAGUGGUCUUCCAUAUACAAUAGUGAGGCCUGGAGGGAUGGAGAGACCCACUGAUGCUUACAAAAAAACUCAUAACCUGACUCUUUCUGAGCAAGACACACUGUUUGGUGGUCAAGUUUCCAAUCUUCAGGUAGCAGAACUCCUGGCCUUUUUGGCCAAAAACCGCAGCCUCUCUUACUGUAAAGUUUUAGAAGUAAUUGCAGAAACAACUGCACCCUUGACGCCAAUUAACAAACUCCUAGAAAAGAUCUCAUCUGACCGCGUUGAAGUUAAAUCAGUAAAGGAAGCAGAAACAGAUAAUCCUCCACAGCCUACUAUUGUUUCAAAAGUUGUUACAUCUGAGCCUUUAAGCAUUCCUACCAAGAAAGAAGAGAGCAAGGAAGAACCAAAAAUAGUCAGGCCCCUUUCUCCAUAUUAUUCGUAUGAAGAUUUGACACCACCUACAUCUCCUACUCCAACUCCUCCAAGCAGUUCUUCUGGGACUGCAAUAGAAGCUGAACCAAAAGUAGUGAAGGCAUACCCAUUGUCACCUUACGCAAUGUAUGAUGAUCUGAAACCUCCUUCGUCCCCUUCUCCAAGUCCACCCAUAUUAAGCCCCCACGAUACUAAUAUAGAAGAAAUUGUAUCAUCAAGCCCAACUAUUGAUGAUGCUAAAGCUGAAACGACGAUACUGGAGGAGGAGACAUCCGAAACCAUCAAUUCUAACACAGUUGUGUUAGAAGUUCAGACACCUAGUUGGCCCCUCUCUCCUUAUACUGCCUAUGAGGAUUUGAAACCUCCUAGCUCUCCAAGUCCCAUACCAAGUGGACCUAAACAGACACCUUCAAAUGUCUCUGCAACGAAUGAAGCUGGAUCAGAUCUUCUUGGAGGCAAUAAUUCAUCAAAGGAUUCAAAUUCCGACGAAUCGCCAACCACUAUCCUUUUUACCUUUGAAACACUCUCAAAUGUCUCUGCAAUGCCUGAAGUUGAAUCUAAUCUUCUUGGAGGCAAUGAUUCAUCACAAGAUUCACCAACCACUGUGUAUGAUGAUCUGAAACCUCCUUCGUCCCCUUCUCCAAGUCCACCCAUAUUAAGCCCCUCCGAUACUAAAAUAGAAGAAAUAGUAUCAUCAAGCCCAACUAUCGAUGAUGCUAAAGCUGAAACGACGAUACUGGAGGAGGAGAUAUCCGAAACCAUCAAUUCUAACACAGUUGUGCUGGAGGUUCAGACACCUAGCUGGCCCCUCUCUCCUUAUACUGCCUAUGAGGAUUUGAAACCUCCUAGCUCUCCAAGUCCCUUACCAAGUGGACCUAAACAGACACCUUCAAAUGUCUCUGCAACGAAUGAAGCUGAAUCAGGUCUUCUUGGAGGCAAUAAUUCAUCAAAGGAUUCAGAUUCCGACGAAUCGCCAACCACUAUCCUUUUUUCCUUUGAAACACCCUCAAAUGUCUUUGCAACGCCUGAAAUAGAACCAAAUCUUCUUGGAAGCAAUGAUUCAUCACAAGAUUCACCAACCACUGUGUAUGAUGAUCUGAAACCUCCUUCGUCCCCUUCUCCAACUCCAUCCAUAUUAAGCCCCUCAGAUACUAAUAUAGAAGAAAUAGUAUCAUCAAGCCCAACUAUCGAUGAUGCUAAAGCUGAAACGACGAUACUGGAGGAGGAGACAUUCGAAACCAUCAAUUCAAACACAGUUGUGCUGGAGGUUCAGACACCUAGCUGGCCCCUCUCUCCUUAUACUGCCUAUGAGGAUUUGAAGCCUCCUAGCUCUCCAAGCCCCCUACCAAGUGGACCUAAACAGACACCUUUAAAUGUCUCUGCAAUGAAUGAAGCUGAAUCAGACCUUCUCGGAGGCAUUAAUUCAUCAAAUGAUUCAAAUUCCGACGAAUCGCCAACCACUAUCCUUUUUUCCUUUGAAACACUCUCAAAUGUCUUUGCAACGCCUGAAGUUGAAUCAAAUCUUCUUGGAGGCAAUGAUUCAUCAAAAGAUUCACCAAUCACUGUAUUCGAUUAUAAUGCAGUGACAACAUCAGGGAACAGUAUGCCCCAGCCUAGUGGUGAAUCAGAUUUGCUGGGAAACAACAAACAUGAAGAACUCAAGCCAAGACCUCUUUCACCUUACGCAAUGUAUGAGGACCUAAAGCCUCCAUCUUCUCCAUCUUCUAUCCAAAGCUGAUUUAGAGUUGGAAACAUUAUCCAGCUGAGCAAAUAAAACCGGGGCAUAGUAACACUAAAUAACGCGUUCAAAUUUGCUCAUUUGUAGAGCAGGCUAAGAAAUACUUUGAAAACUUAUGAUUCGAGGCUGUGGAACACCAUUUGGCUACUAUGUUUGAGUAAUUAAUUACUUUGUUGUAAGAAUUAGUAGAUAGCCAACAAACAUUGUCAUUGUUUUGAACACUGUCUGGGAAUGACUCCAAAUUUCUCUUAAUGGUUAUUA